AAUCUAGCCUGGGAAGGGUAUAGAUGGUGAGGCUGAGCUGAACGCAGUAAGCACUAAGGAGUAGCGAGUAUUGGCUGAUACUUGCACCCUCUUAACAAUAACAUGAGACAGAGAAAGGGUUGACGGAAAGGAAAACCAAAUCAAACCCAACCCACCUUGUCCGAUCUGCCACCAGGUGUGGUUGUUGUGAUUUGAAUGGAGGCAAGUGGAGGUGGCGGUGGCGGUGCUUCACCGUCUGCACCAGUGAAGCAAUAUCUGCACGAUUUCUCGAAGCUGUUUCAGUACUAUCUGGAUAAAUCCACUCCACAUUCCACGUACAGAUGGAUUGGGACUUUUGUGAUAGCAUCCAUCUACGUUUUACGCGUUGUUUAUGUGCAGGGGUUUUACAUUGUCUCUUAUGGCCUCGGAAUCUACCUUCUGAAUCUCUUGAUUGGUUUUCUCUCCCCUUUGGUCGAUCCAGAGCUCGAUCCCUCCGAUUCCCCUUUGCUUCCCACCAAAGGCUCCGAUGAGUUCAAACCCUUCAUUCGCCGCCUCCCCGAGUUCAAGUUCUGGUAUUCUUUCACGAAGGCUCUCUGCAUAGCAUUUGUGAUGACUUUUUUUUCCCUGUUUGAUGUUCCUGUCUUUUGGCCUAUAUUACUCUGUUACUGGUUUGUUCUCUUUGUCCUUACAAUGAGACGCCAAGUUGCACACAUGAUGAAAUACAAAUAUAUCCCCUUCAACUUGGGGAAGCAGAAGUAUAGCGGUAAGAAAUCUUCUGCAAGUAGCAGUGGCUCUCGUGCAGACUGAAACUUGCUUCUCACGAUUCAAAGAUCUACUUAGUUAGGUUUUGUGAACAUUCAGGGUAGUUAAUUCCCCCCCUUUCUAUGAAAGAAUUUGUAUUCAUGGUAUUAUGGAUGCCAGUAUGCAUUAUGCAGUUACAGAAAAUCUUAAUGUCCACUCGUUUUAUUAUACAUGAAGAAUUGGUGAUUGAUAGUGAAUCUCAUUGUCGGUACACAUGUUAUUGAUUGGAUUUUUCUUGUAAAUCUCAGCUUGUAUUGUGAAUUUGUGAUGCUGUAAUUUUUCCUUGCCCGGUAGCUUCUAUCUCAAUAUUAAGGCAAAGUUUAUCUA